AUUGAGGGAGUGGAGAGGGAUUCUUCAGCAGGAUUCUGGGAGUGAAGGACUGCUCCCUGUAAGCGUCCAGAAUGCCGGUCAUAAACGUAGACGAUCUGACGGACAAGGAUAAGGCUGUAAUGGAAGUUAACCAGCUUAAAAUUGAAGUGAAACUAGAGCGGUGGUUGACAUCUAAAUGCUGUGAAGAAAUCAAGGACUACAUUCAGGAGGGAGUGGAGGAGGACACCCUUGUCAAAGGCAUUUCAGAGGAGAAGAACCCCUUCAAGGAGAAAGGUGGCUGUGUCAUCUGCUAGACUGGACCUGAGGAGCUUUUCAUAUCUCAGAUUAGCACCCAAGGACAUUCUCCCUCCCCUCAUAAAAAGGAUUUGCAGACUGAGAAGACUAGAAGGACAUCAUAAAGAAAGAAUUGAUAAAACUUCACGAGUUCCCAUGUAAACGUCUCCCCAUAUUUUGGCCAGAUUUGUAACCUUAUAAUUUUAUUCCUUGAAAAGAUGCAAUAUAAAAGAGUUGUAUUUUGCAAGGGUUAUAUAAUGCUUCUCAUGUGGUGUACAUAGUCUGAGCAAAUGGAAAUGUGGUUUCAUACACAGAAGCAACUGUUAUUAAAUUGCUUGUUUAUAACUCA